GGGCUCCCAGCGCAGCCCCAGCGGCGGCUUUGGGGCUGCGGCUCCUGCCCGGCGCCGGCCAUGGGGCGAGUGGCGGCAGCUGCGGCCGCACUGGUGGCACUGGGAGCCACCCCUGGGGCGGGCGCGGAGCUCCCGGGAGUUUUCCAGCAUAUGCUUAAGGGCGAGUGUUACUUCAUUAACGGCACGGAGAAAGUGAGGUUGGUGGUGAGAUGCUUCUACAACCGGGAGGAACUCGUGCGGUUCGACAGCGACGUCGGGGUGUAUGUGGGGUUAACCCCCCACGGGGAGAUACGUGCCCGGACCAGGAACAGCGACGCGGAAUGGAUGGAGAGAAGACGGACUGAGGUGGACACGUACUGCAGGCGCAACUACAAGAUCUCAUCCCGCUUCCUCGUGGAGCGCAUAGUGCCCCCCAGCGUAUCCAUCUCGCUGAUGCCCUCGAGCUCCCAGCCCGGCCCCGGCCGCCUGCUCUGCUCCGUGAUGGAUUUCUGUCCUGCCGAGAUCCAGGUGAGGUGGUUCCAGGGCCAGCAGGAGCUCUCGGAGCACGUGGUGGCCACCGACGUGGCGGCCAACGGCGACUGGACCUACCAGCUGGUGCUGCUGGAAACCCACCCCUGGCGCGGGGUCACCUACACGUGCCAGGUGGAGCACGUCAGCCUGGAGCGCCCCCUCAGCCGGCACUGGGAGAUUGCGCCGGACGCCGCCCGCAGCAAGGUGCUGACGGGGAUCGGGGCCUUCGUGUUGGGCUCGGUCUUCCUGGCGCUGGGGCUCGGAUUCUACCUGAGCAAGAAGAGCUCCUGACCCAGCAGUGGCUGCAGCCCCUCCCCCUGGCCUCAGGCCCAGACAGGAUCCCCCGCUCUGUCCCCGCGCUGAUUUUGGGGGGGUCGUGUGUCCCCCAAGCCCUGCUGUCACUCUGCCCCCGCCCAGCUGCUCCCAGUGUUCCCAAUAAAGCUUCCGAGUUGGAUCUGG